AUGGAGUUGAAGAGGGUUGUGGAAGCUUGUAGACCUGACAGGCAAGUAUUUCCAAAUGGGCUUCCUGAAGAAUACUCUCUAGUUGCUACCUUCCGUGUACGGCGAAAUACCAAGAAAGAGCGUUGGUAUAUAUGGCAAGUUUUAAAUCAGUAUGACACACCUGAGAUCUCUGUCCUUCUGGAUGGUACAAAGAAGGUUGUGGAAUAUAUGACCAAAUCUGCUCAGGGAAACAUACUGCACUACACUUUUAAGAGUCGAGAAAUUUAUCCAUUGUUUGAUCGGCAGUGGCAUAAGCUUGGUAUUAGUGUGCAGUCGGGGGUCAUUUCCCUCUAUUUGGAUUGUAAUUUAAUUGAAAGAAAACAGACUGAUGAAAAAUUCACCAUUGACUUGCAGGGAAGGACUCUGAUUGCUUCUCGCGCUGCAGAUGAUAAGCCUGUAGAUAUUGAACUUCACCGCAUAACAGUUUUUUGUAAUCCAAAACUUGCAAUGGAAGAUACGUGUUGUGAAAUAUCUGCAGACCUGGGAGAAGCAGGAUUACCAGGAGUAGCUGGUUUGCCAGGCCAAAAAGGCAAUAAAGGUGAAAAGGGUGAAAUGGGUGCAAAAGGACAUGAUGGUGUUGCUGGUCUUCCUGGCGAAAAGGGUGAACGUGGCUUUGCGGGUAGUAAAGGUGAAGAAGGUGAAAAGGGUGAAAAAGGAGAUAAAGGAGAACCAGGACCAGAAGGCAUUCAUGGAAGAGAGGGACUAAAAGGUGACCCUGGUAGUCCUGGUGUGGCUGGUCCUAAAGGAGAAAAGGGAGAAGCAGGACCACCAGGACCAACUGCCUUGAGUGGUUUGCCAGGGCUGGAGGGUCCUCAGGGUCCACCUGGCACAGAAGGUCAAAGGGUGAGUAAACUUGGUGAACAACUGGGAAGAAGAGGCAAACCAGGCCUUCCAGGAAAACCAGGGCCACCAGGACCUCCUAGUGAUACAGAACUACUUGGAUUACUUGGGACCCCUGGACCUAAAGGCCAGAAGGGAGACACUGGUCAAAAAGGAGAGUUGGGAAGCACCGGUGCAAAAGGAGAAAAGGGAGAACCUUCUGAAAAAGGGGACAAGGGAGAUCCAGGAGAAAUUGGAAUGGAGGGAUCAAAAGGAAAUAAGGGUGAAACAGGAGACCCUGGACCACCUGGUCUUAUGGGAAAUCCAGGAUUAAAGGGACUACAAGGACCUCCAGGACCUGUUGGACCCAGAGGACCACCAGGAGAAGUUGGUUUACCAGGAGAGCAUGGGGUACCAGGAUACCCAGGAAUUAAAGGAGACAAGGGGGACCCAGGUGGGAUUAUGGGACCACCAGGACAUCCAGGUCCAAAAGGUGACGUGGGGCCCCCUGGACCAAGUCUGCCUGGAACACCAGGUCCCACUGGUAUGCCAGGAAACCCAGGUCCACGGGGACCAAAGGGAGAAAGAGGACUACCCGGUGUACAAGGAGCACCUGGGGACAUGGGGCCCCCUGGAAUAGGCAUUCAGGGAUCACCAGGUCCUAUAGGUCCAGCUGGAUCAACAGGUGUGCAGGGCACUCCAGGAAGAGAUGGAAAGCCAGGACUACCAGGUCCUCCAGGUGAUCCUAUUGCACUGCCACUGGUGGGAGACAUGGGAGCUAUACUGAAGGGUGAUCCGGGCAUAAGAGGUCCUCCAGGAAUCCCUGGUAGAGAAGGGCCAAAGGGAAGCAAAGGUGAACGUGGAUUUCCUGGGCUGAGUGGAGAGAAAGGUGAUGAGGGCCUACAAGGUGCUCCUGGACUGCCUGGUGUACCGGGACCCAGUGGACCAUCUGGAGUCACAGGAAGACCUGGGCAUCCUGGUCCAGCAGGGUCAAAAGGCGAAAAGGGUAGUGAAGGUUCUCCUGGGAAACCUGGACCACCUGGGCCUCCGGGAGGUGUGAGCGUCGCUAGUCAUCCAGGCCCACCAGGACCUCCAGGUCCAAAAGGAGAUCCUGGCACAGUGGGUGACCAUGGACCAGCUGGCACACCAGGAGUAGCAGGGACACCGGGAAAGCCAGGACCUCCUGGGUCUCCAGGGAUACCAGGGGAACCAGGUGAAAGAGGACCUAUAGGAGAUAUAGGCUUCCCUGGGCCAGAAGGGCCACAAGGAAAACCAGGAAUCAAUGGAAAAGAUGGUUUGCCAGGCCCUCCGGGUGCUGUGGGGAGACCAGGAGACAGAGGACCCAAAGGAGAACGUGGAGAUCAGGGUAUUCCAGGGGACAGAGGUCCACAAGGUGAACGAGGGAAACCUGGCCCAUCAGGAGAAAAGGGAGAUGUGGGUGCUACAGGACCACCAGGAGACAGAGGCUAUCCAGGAUCACCAGGUCAUCAAGGUCCCCCAGGUUUACCAGGACCCCCAGGGUUUCCAGCUGAUAUAGUCACACUUGAAGAAAUAAAAAAAUAUAUCAAACAAGAGGUUCUUAAGGUUUUUGAAGAAAGGAUGGCUCAGAUUGUAUCCCAGCUGAAGCUGCCUGCUGCAAUGCUUGCCUCCCAAGCUCAUGGAAAACCAGGGCCCCCAGGAAAAGAUGGGUUACCAGGGCCACCAGGAAAGGAUGGUUUGCCAGGCCCACCAGGAGAACGUGGAAUUCAAGGUUAUAGAGGCCAGAAGGGGGAAAGAGGUGAGCCUGGAAUUGGACUGCCCGGUGACCCUGGACCACCUGGCCCUGCAGCUACUGGCCUGCCAGGACCACCAGGAACACCAGGAUCACCUGGACUGCAGGGGCCACCUGGACCCAAUGGGAGAUGCAAUCCAGCAGAUUGUUAUUACCACAUAUCACAGACUCGGUCACGCACCAACGGGAAAUAAAACCCUUCUCCCCUAGACACUUGGGUUCACGGUCACUUUUCACUCUUCUCAAUAAGUUAAUUUAACCUUUGACAUAUUUGGUGCAUUAUUUUUUUGCUCAACACUGCACAGUAUAGAAAUUAUUUAUAAGGCACAGAAUUAAGCCUUGUUCUAUGUAAUUUGCAGUGUCAUUAUUGUGAAUUGAUGACAUAUAUUUUCCAGAGUGCAUUCCAUGUGUUAUGUUUCUUGUAUUUAUUUUGCAUAGAGGAGAAAAUAGGCCCAAAUAAUUUUCAUAAGCUUCUUUCUUCAAACAAAAAAUACUUUAUUAUAACUUAAGACAGUAUGUAUGCCUCAGUAUAUAAUCUGGCUUUAUUUUUCUUGAUGGUGGUGAUGUUUAAGUGGAGAAAAUGCAUUUCUG